AUGGACUUGGAGAUGCAAUCAAAGCUGCCUGGACUGUGUCACAGGACGAAGGCGACCAAAAUUGUAAAGCUGACAUGCCUAGCUGAGGAACGUUGUCGCUCUAUGAAAAGCUUCCAGGCAUCCGCCCUUCACAGCUCCGGAACCGACCUUCAUCGAGCUGAAGCGCUGUACCGCCGGUUCCUGGCCGUACAGCCACGACACGCCCAUGCACUUCACCAGCUAGGCGCGCUCCUAACACAGCUGUACGGCAAAGAAAAGGACGCCGAGGCGUUGCGUCUGGUUUCAUCUGCCGUACAGCUACAACCCGCCAGCGCCAAAUUUCGCAACAGCCUUGGGGUAGUGCAUCGAACUGCUGGCCGGUGGCGGGAGGCUGCGGAUGCGUUUGAAAGAGCGAAUGAGAAGGAUCCGCUCAAUGUGGCGGUCAUGAUGAACUUGGCGCGGGCUCUCCGGGAGGAGGGUCGGCAGCAGCGCGCGGCGGAGGUCUACGGCGCUGUUACCAAGCUCCAGCCCGACCACCCCUCCGCCCACUACCGGCGGGGGGCCAUACUCCGCAGCAUUCGCCACAACGAGGCGGCGCUGGCGGCGUUCAGGCAGCACCUGCGGCUCCAUCCCGAACACCAGGCCGCCAAGUUCUGGGUGGCCGCCAUCACCGGGGACGUGGAGGCGAUGGCGGCAGCGCCCGCGGACAUGGUCGCUGGGCUUUUCGACCAGUACGCCGACCACUUCGAUGACCACCUUGUAAAUAAAUUGCAAUACCGAACCCCAGAGGCGCUCCGAGACCAACUCUUGGCGGUGUACAACAGUACGGCAGUCGAAGGCUCCACCGUGCCGCUCUGGAAGCGCUGCAUCGACCUCGGAUGUGGCACGGGCCUGAUGGGGCCUCUGUUGCUGCCGUACUGUACGGCACUGGAGGGCGUUGAUUUGUCCUCCGGAAUGAUUGACCAAGCUGCUAAGCGUGGCUGCUACAACCGCUUAGCUGUAGCAGAGCUCGUGGCCUUCCUCGACGCCGAGGCGGUAUCGCUUUCCUCAUCGACGACCAUCGCUAAUUCUGCCGUACCGUACGACUUGCUGGUCGCGGCGGACGUGUUCGUGUACAUCGGCGACUUGGCGCCUGUGAUGCGUGCCGCCGCCGCGGCGGCGGCGCCGGGUGCCGUACUGGCCUUCUCCACAGAAGCGCUCGAGCUGUCUCCGAAGGGAAAGGUGCACCGGGGCUUGGAGGCCGCCGCGGCCGCCGCCGCCGCCGCCGCCGCUGAAGCCCAGAACCCCGCCGCCGCCGCCUCCUCCCCUGCAGCCGGCGGCGGCGGUAGCUGUCCCGGUAUGAAGUUGCAAGUGACGGGGCGUUACGCGCACAGUCGGGAGUACUUGGAACGUACGGGUGGCGGUUACGGUUGGGAGUUUGUCUCUGUGUCGCAGUCUGUUAUUCGUUACAACGCAGUUUUCGACGUGUGCUGCCCGGGUCGUCUUCCGCGUGCGGCAUCUGGGCAGGGGUGCUACGGCUUAUUUGACCGCCUCCAGCUGCCCAUUGAUGAUUUCCCGGAGUCCCUACACGGCGGGGGCCGUCUGGGUCCUUAUAUGGAGUGCCCUGCAGUGGCGCUGGUCUGCCGCCGCCGCCAGCCCAGCGGGAACAGCAACCGCCGCCGCCGCCGCCGCCGCCGCCGGGGAUGCACCCUAGCUCUGUGGAAAUAUGUUCAUGAAGGAGACGUCCGGGGAGAAAAGUAA